GAUGAGCCUGGGGACAUGAGAGGUGAUAGUUACAAGCUGCACAGCUGAUUAAGUAGCAGAGGAGAUCAGAAAUCUGGUUUCCGGCCUCCCAAGUUUGUUAAACAUGAGUCUAGGGAAGCAAACCCCUAGUGACUUCUUAAAGCAAAUCAUCGGACGGCCAGUUGUGGUGAAACUAAAUUCUGGAGUGGAUUAUCGAGGGGUCCUGGCCUGCCUGGAUGGCUACAUGAAUAUAGCAUUGGAACAGAUGGAAGAGUAUGUAAGUGGACAGCUGAAGAGUAAGUACGGGAAUGCGUUCAUCCGAGGAAACAAUGUGCUGUAUAGAAGUACCCAGAAGAGAAGGAUGUGAAGACACCAGGAAGCAGCUCUCCUUAGAGUUGGAUAGCAUUCGUUAUGAAAUGUUUUGUUUUGUUUUUUGUUCUUUUAUGAUCUUCUUUGGUGUGUUUU